AAAUGCCUUGAGAUAACAAUAUACUUUGGCUCCAUAUCACCACCUACGGUACCGGUAACUGUCCUAACUUGACUCGAUUCCGAGGUGUCUGCUGCAAAUAUCUUCGUUUGCUGCAAGCAUCGGUAACUGAAUUUGUAAAACAAAUGCUCGGGAAAGCUUGCCCUCUGUUUGCUCUUUGUUCUCCAGGACUAGGGUGUUCUUGCCCAAAGGAUUUCCGAAUUUUGGCAUAUGCGUUGAAACCAUUCUCAACUAUGUCACAAUUCUCGAGACUAUCAGAUGAUGAAAUAUUAAAGAAAAUUCAAAGCAUCAUUCCACCUCUCACGUAUGAACAACAUAAAGGGCAAUCUGGUUGUAUUGGCAUCAUCGGAGGCAGUGAGGAAUACACUGGAGCUCCAUAUUUCGCAGCUAUAUCAGCAUUGAAACUGGGUGCUGAUUUAGCCCAUGUAUUUUGCUCGAGAUCUGCAGCUCCUGUAAUCAAAUCGUACAGCCCUGAACUUAUUGUCCAUCCAUUUUUAAGUGAUGAUGAAGCAAGCGAUCAAAUGAAGGAAUGGAUUCCAAGGUUACAUGCUGUUGUAAUAGGUCCUGGACUUGGUAGAAAUCCUAAAAUAUUCAAAACAGUUUUGUCUAUUAUGGAAGAACUAAAAAAACAAGAAAAACCUUUGGUGAUUGAUGCUGAUGGGUUGUUCAUGAUCACAAAUAACCUUGAAGCAGUGAAAGAAUAUAAAAAUGUUAUCUUGACUCCGAAUCAGGUGGAAUUUGAAAGACUUUGUCAUGCAGUGGGAUGUGACACCAAUUCAGACAUUGAUGAGAAACAAUUAACAUUGUCAGUCAGUAAAUUAUUAGGAGGAUUGGUCAUUGCCAGGAAGCAUCGACAUGAUAUUAUCACUGAUGGAGUCGAUGUCCUUGAGGUCAAAGCAAAUGGAAGCCCUCGAAGAUGUGGAGGCCAAGGUGAUCUUCUGUCUGGUGCAGCAGCAGUGUUUUUCCAUUGGUCACUGAAAACAUCUUUCGGUCAAAAAUCUAGAGAAGUUUCAGGAUCUCACCCAGGAGUUCUAGGUGGAUAUGCUGCCUGUUUACUUUCAAAACUUUGUGCUGAAUCUGCUUUCGGAAAAUAUGGACGUUCAACUACUACCACCGAUCUCAUCAAUGAAAUACACUUUAUAUUUCAGAAGCAUUUUGAAAAACAUACUCAAAAACUGUAAUUUUGAAUUUCAUGUUGACUCUGAGGAAGUGUCGGGCUCAUGAAUUUAGCACCAGACAUGACAAAAAGGGUUCCAAAUUUGUUCCGCAUGUAUAGAUUGAUGCCUAAAUCAAAAGUUGAAUUUUUGAUGCGUAUCCAAGAUAUUUUGUAGAGGAAAUAGAACAUUCAUUUUGAAUAAUUCUGGUGUUUAAUUUUUCAAUAUGGAUUUAAAUUCUACAAUUAAUGAACAUCACUACUUGGUUUAGUCAUGA